AUUAUUUUUUGCGUAAAUAAAAUACCCGUGGUGUCUGUUUGUUUGUCGUGUUUUUAACCAAAAAUAUGAAUUAAAAAGAAUUGUACUAAAUAGAAAAAAUUGUUAUGUGAUAUUAACAUUCAUAUUUAUUUAUUCCAAUAAAUAUGGAAGAGGAAAAAUUACUACGCAAGAAAAAGAAAGCUUUAAAUGGGAGCAAUAGACGCAGUUUGGCAGAGGCUUAUAAUGAUUUAGCGACUUAUUAUUAUAAAAAUAAUCGCUAUUGCGAUGCACUGGCAGAGUAUAAAAAUGAAGCUUCAGUACUUAAAGAACUGGGUUUACGUAUGGAUUGGGGUACUUGCAACCGGAUGAUUGGUGAAAUGUACAUGUUAUUAGCAGAAUUUGACAAAGCUCUAAAAUAUGAGGAGCGUCACUUAGCUGUGGCAAAGGAAUUAAAUAAUCUAGUAGAGGAACAAAGGGCUAUGGCAACCCUUGGACGCAUAUAUUUAUUACAGGGUCAGAGCUCUAACAAUACAGAAGAAGCUAAAACUUCAUUGACUGCAGCUGAAAAAGCGUUCAUGAAGAGUCUAGUAUUAUGUGAAAAGUUGAAUGGAAAGAUCACAAAGACUGAACUAUUGGACAUGAGAGCUCGGUUGUUAUUAAACAUUGGUGUAGUACAAGAACAUCUCGGAAGUCUUGACAAGGCAUUAGACUGCAUUAAUAAAGCUAUCACAAUUUGUUCACAUCAGGACUUACAUGAAAUCCUUCACAAUUGUUACACAACAGAAGCUCUAUUGUAUAGUAAUAAGAAAAAAGACUUUGCUAAAGCAUUAAAUUGUUUAAAUAAAGCUUUAGACGUUGCUAGUAGGUUGGAAAAUAAGGUAUUGAAAACCUGUGAAACACUGUCAGCUAAAGCAGAUAUUCUGUGCAAGAUGUCAGAUUAUCAAAGUGCUAAACAAGUAUUAAUGAAAGCUUGGAAAUUGAAAACACCUGAUGAUGACGAGAGAGAAAACAUAGAAUCAAAUUUACGUGUUGUUGCAGCAAUGUGCUAUACUGAAGAUCUACUAAUAUCAACGGAUCCAACAAAUCAUUUGCAAUUCAAGAAACUUUAUGAAAAACUUGGAGAUGGUGCAUGUCAUCUACAUAAUUACGCUGGAGCUGUGGAGUAUUAUUUGAAAAUGUUAGAUCAUGCUGAAUUAGCCGGUGAUUGUGGAAAAACUCUUAUACCAAUCUAUGUGAGUUUAUAUCAAACAUACAAAGACAUGGGAUGUUAUAAUGAAGCAUUACAGUACUAUGACAAGGAAUAUGAAUUAAUAAAGGAUGUACCAAAAGAAGCUUACACAACUCUCAUUAAUAUUGCUGAAGUUUCAUUUUUAGCUAAGAAACCAUAUGCGGUGAUCGAAAAAGCAUGUUACGAUGCGAGAAAAGCUGCAAGAGAUUGGAAUAAAAAGAAAUAUGAAAUACGCGCAUUGAAAUAUCUUCUAAAGUACCAAGAGGAGUAUUUCGAGACAGAUGGCAUGGAACGGACUAAAGAAGAAUUGAUAACAUUGGGUUACGAUGAUUUUGACAACGUGGACAAUUCUGAAGAUGAACAGAGCUCGGCUGGUGGUGCUGAAGAUACCACACAUAUUGGUGAUGACAUCUGUCUUGAAGAUCUCACAGAUCUCUCCGAUGCUAAUGAUGAGGAUGUAAUGGAAACUAAAAGAGAAACUCGGAAAAGAGGAAAAGGUUUUACUAUCAAAAAGAAUAUGAAAGGCGAGACACAGCUGCAUGUGGCAUGUAUAUCAGGUAAUAAGCUUCUAGUAGAGCGUUUGCUAAGUAAAGGUCAUCCGGUGAAUAUACGCGACAACGCCGGGUGGUUGCCGCUGCAUGAGGCCUGCAUACACGGACAUUUGGACGUCGCAAAUAUGCUAAUACAAUAUGGCGCUAAUUUAAACGAUAAAGGUGGAGUUAAUUGUGAUGGUAUAACACCAUUGUAUGACGCGGCAAGUAACGGUCACUUAGAAGUGGUACAAUUACUGUUAGACAAGGGCGCUAUACCCUCAAUGAAAACUGACUUUGGUGAAACACCUUUAGAUGUAUUACAAAAAUGGCGGGCGGGUAUCAUUCUAACAAAAGAUGAAGAAAUAUUAUAUAAAGAUAUAUGCACUAAAAUACACAAUUUCAUAGACAAAACUGCAGGAUCAGCAUUAAAUAGAUCUAAAUCUAAAACACCAGUUAAACCAAUCAAAGACACAACACCUCCUAGUACUUCUAAAAUGAGUAGUAGAAUUAAAGAACUAAACUCACCAACGUUUAAACGACGUAAUAUCAUUGAAGAUGACAGUGAUGAUGAUUUAUCACAGAAUAUUCGAGAUCAAACUGCAUUCCCAUCAGACGAUUCUAAUGAUUCAUCAGAAGAGAUUGUAAAAACUAAGAAAAAGAAUAAAGGUGUACAAGAAUAUAGAAAUGCAAUAUCAGCAUUAAGAAACCGAAGCAUUGAAUUACCAGAAGUAGAUGUUAUUAAAACUAAACCAAAACCAGCUUUUUUAGAUCCAAAUGAAGUAGACGAUGAUUGGUUAGAUGACGAUUUAGGUAUAACUAAAGGCAGGAAAAGAAAAUUAAGCGAUCCAAUAACAUUAGCUCCUAAGAAAUCAUCUUUUGAAAGUGUUAAAGAAAGUAUUGAUAGUCUUAAUGAAAUUGAACCAAUCAUAGAUUGUAUAAACAAUACGCGACAAAAGAAAUUACGUAAUGAUGUAGUUAAUGUUACGGAAAACAGUUCAGAUUCCGAUAUCCGAAAUGAGAAUAUCUCACCUAAAAGUUACGAAUCUGAGAGGAAUAUAAGUCGAGUUUUGAAUGAAUCAAAAUCAAGAGACACGAGAGAUGCUAUAAGAAGACGAUGUAAAAGACAGAGCACAUUAUUUAAAGCCGGUUUCCAAAGAAGACGUGAAAGCUUCGACCAAUCUAGUAAUAGUGGAAGUGAUAAUGAAAUAAAUCAUAAAAAUACGAAACAUUCUGGAAAAUUCUCUCGACAUUCAUCAGGAGAAAAUUUUAGAAGUAACGAUGGGUUUAAUAUAGUACAAAGUUUGAAUCAUAAUAUAUUGCAGCCAUUAAAUGUUCAACCUAUAAAUAUAGUUCAGUCUAAAAACGGCAAAGCAAUGCAGACACAGAUAUUACCACCGGCUGCUGUGAAAGUUCAUGUUGAAGAUAAAGUGUUCCUCAUCUCAUUGAAAUUGGACACGAUAAAUAAAUUAACAAUCAGCUGGCUGGUUGAGGAAGUCACAGCCAGAUAUUAUAAGUUAACAGGAGUACGGCCGAUGUUCAGUCUGAUGACAUCAGACGGAGCUAUACUCUCAGAAGACGAUCCCCUCAGCUUAGUACUUGCUUCACUUGAACUCAAGACGUGUAUUAGUAAUUGGAAAGCAUCUCCCGCUGAAGAAAGAUAUUUGGAGUGCUGCGAAGCUUUAGUUAUAUCACCAUCACAAGAAAUUCAACACGCAGUAGGCAGAAGUCAUACAACACGUAGAAUUGCACUCGGAGCAAGUACAUUAUCUACAUUACAAAUCCGUCCUCUUUUUAGAGCAUUAACACAUCAAACGCAUAUCACAGCUGUUAUGAUUGCUAGAAAUAAUCUCGGAGAUGAUGGUAUGAAAUAUUUAACAGAUGCCAUUUGUACUAUGAAACAUCUAUCACAUCUAAAUGUCAGUUAUAAUAAUAUCACUGGAGAUGGAAUGAAGAUUUUCUUACAAAUAUUUGAAAAACCAACCCGAAUGAUUUGCCAAGCUUUGGAGGAAAUAAUUUUAAAUGGCAACCCUAUCGGUGAUAUUGGAUUUAAAUGUAUAGUUAAAUUGACACAGUAUUUAAGAUUGAAGAUGUUAAAAUUAAAUGAUUGUAAAAUAAGUGAAAAUUGUAUGAAGGACGGUUUAAAAAUUAAUCUAGAUAAUAUUGAAUCUAUUGAUUUAAGUAAUAAUGAGAUAAAGCAAGUUGUUGUAAGUUGUCUGAUGACGUCAUUAAGUCCUAAUUAUAUAGUGGAUUUGGAAUUAGAUAAUAUUGGUGUUACGGGUAAUGUGAUGGGUUGUAUUGCAACUUUUAUGGAUACGUCAAAAGAUUUGAAGAUACGAAGAUUGGGUUUGUCGAAUUGCAAACUGGUUGAUGGACAGUUUAUGAGAAUUUUUAGAGCUCUUAGUCGUGCUAAGCACUUACAUUGUCUAAGUCUGAAAAAUAAUUUAGUAACAUUCAUUACACUGAAGAAAUUACUACAACGACAACCUCCUGUUCCUCAAAUAAAUUUAGAGGGUUGCAAUGAUAUAUUUAAAUUCUCCCCGGACUCGGAUUUCCAAGUUUGGUUGCCAGCUGUUGACUUCGGAAGGUGUAUACCUGAGAUAAAUGUUACACCGCUUCUGAAAACUGAUGAAGAAAGGGAAAGUUUUAAACUUUUCUCUAAGACUUGGCUCAGUUGCUUCAAAGGGAGAGGGGUGAUAGAACAUUGUGAUGGCGGCGUUACUAAAUUUACAGCAAGAUGAUAUUUUAAAGAAAAAAAUAAUAAAAAAAAGCCAGUG